GUUCAAAUAACGGAAAAAUGAUAACAUAAAAAUGAUAGGUUAAGUUUCGAUUUGGCUGUUUUAGGGUGUAUUUAAGUCUGUAAUUUUACUGUAAAGUCAGUAGAGAAUCAGAGAAUAACUAUUGUAGGCCAUCAAUAAUCCGAAACGAGAAAUGGAAUCUUUAAAUCCUGAGGAUGUUUUGAAGUUUUUAGACCUCAUUAAUACACUAAAGCACAGUAGUCGUAGAGGUUGGGAACUUUGUCAUGUUAAUAAUCACGAACAAAUUGCUGGACAUAUGUAUGCCAUGGGAAUAAUGACCUUUCUACUGGGAAAUGAAUCAAAGUUGGAUAGAUUCAAAUGUCUACAACUAGCUUUAGUUCAUGAUUUGGCUGAAUGUAUAGUAGGAGAUAUUACCCCCCAUGAUAAUAUCACCGAGGAAAAAAAACAUCAAAUGGAAGAUGAGGCCAUGAAAGAGGUAACAAGUUAUGUUGGUAGUGAGGUAGGCACUUUAAUAUACUCUCUUUAUAAGGAGUAUGAAGCCAAAGAAACACAGGAAGCAAAAUUUGUGAAGGAUCUAGAUAGAUUUGAUAUGCUUUUCACAGCUGCUCAUUAUGAAAGUAGAGAUGGCACACCAAGAAAACUUCAAGAAUUCUUUGAUGCUACAGAGGGGAAGUUUAAUCAUCCAUAUAUUAAAAAGCUAGUUGAAUCAUUAAAACAAAGAAGAAAAUCUCAGAGUUCAAAUGAUUUGAAUUCUGAAAAAGACUCAUAGUGACUAAGUCAAAAGAUGUAUUUUAUUUAUUUUCUCAUUUCAAAUGAUAUUGUACCUGUUUUAGUUAUCAAAUUUGAAAAUAAAUUUAACCAAUA